AUGAAUGCAGAGCAGCUUCAAACGCACAAUCGCAAUUUUACGGAUAGCCAGCUUGGCGAUAACGUGACCAUCAAUCAAGGCGACGUGCAUCACCAUUACCCUUCAGAACGUCCGCAGCCUCGGAAGCCGGUCCGGCUCAUCCCAUAUCUCCGCAACAAGGAGUUUGUCCAUCGAGCAGGCCUUGUCGAAAGACUCAAUGCCCUCUUGCUGCAAUAUUCCAAGUCUUUCAACGAUGCCGCCCUCUGGGGGUUAGGCGGAUCCGGAAAGACGCAGAUUGCUCUUGAGCACGCCUACCGCCAAUCAGAAAAUCCCCGCUGUUCGGUGUUUUGGGUGCACGCAGAUACUCGAGUCGCGUUUAUACAAGACUAUAAGAAGAUUGCGGCACUCUUUGGAUUGGCAGGAGUCAUUGGCGGUCAAGAUUCAGAGCUGCUCAGGGCUGUCAGCAACCGCAUCCAGUCUGAAUCAGAGUGGCUGCUUGUACUCGAUAAUGCUGACGACCUUUCUUUAUUCGGCGUGGGGGAGACUCAACAAGGCUCAAGUAACCUUUUUGAUUUCGUCCCAAACGGAACUGCUGUCGGAACCAAGGGAACUGUGCUGUGGACCAGUCGCGACGGGCAGAUUGCCGGAUCGCUGGUGCAUUCUUCGAGCAGGGCAAUCCACAUUUCGCAUAUGACAUCCAUGGAAGCAAGAAGUCUUCUUGCCAUAGCGCGAGGGAAAGUUUUUGAAGAUGAACAAGAGCAGAAGCAAGAGCAAGAGCAAGAGCAAGCUGAUAAUGAAGAUGAAGACAUUGAGAAGCUCCUUGAAGAGCUCCAAUGGCUUCCUCUUGGAAUCUCACAGGCCGGUGCCUACAUGAGAAGAGCUGGGGCAACUGUCCAAGAAUAUUUGGCUAUGCUUUCGAAUAACGAGGAACGAUGGCCGCUUCUGGAAGAGGAACAAUUCGAUAUCCAUCGCAAAGCCGGUGUUCCCAACAGCAUUCUCAAAAUCUGGAGCAUUUCAGUUGCUCGUAUCGCGCAGGAGAACUUGUUGGCUUCGGAGCUACUCCGUGUAAUGGCCUAUUUCGACAAUCGAGAUAUUCCCUAUGACAUGAUCGCUGCCGCCGCACGACACAUUAGCACGACUCAUUUAACCAUCAUGGAUGUUAAAAGAGCCGUCAUCCGGUUGAGAGAGUUCUCAUUCAUCAAGCUUUGUGAGGGACGAAAGGGGAGCCAAAGUUAUGAGAUGCACAAACUUGUACAGGAAGCGACACAACACGCUAUUUCUACUGCGAGACAGCCGACGGAUCAAGACAUUGAUGACUCGAAAUGGGGCACAGCUUGCUUCACCAGGCUUGCUAUUCAAGUUGUCGAUGAGCUUUUUCCGAAUCCACCAAAAGAGUGUUUAGGUGAUGGAAUAGAAGGCUCAAGGGGAGCAAAUGAAUAUCCAGAUUUACUAAAGUGCGGCGAGAAAUACUUUGCUCAUGUAGUAAAUGUUGCAGACUGGGUUCAAAUAUCCAAUGAGGAGAGACGAAUGUGUGCUUUGCUCGAUCGGGUAUCAGUCUACCUACGGACUACAGAGAGAUGGAAGGACAAGGAGUGGGUGGACGUUCAAAUCUUCAAGCUUCGUUUCCGCCUCUUCGGUCCUAAUGAUGUCGCCACAAUAUGCAGUAAGCAGCUACUUGCAGAGAGUUACUGCGGACAAGGCCGGUAUCCGGAAGCAGCAGAGAUCGAGAACAGUGUGCUCGAGAAACUCAAAAGCCGUCUUGGAGAGCAGCAUUUAUACACUCUCCAUUCAAUGCACAAUGUAGCCAACAUCAUGUGCAAAAUGUUCCGGUUCGGACCGGCAGAAGAACUUCAAACACAAGCGCUUCAAUUUCUUGAAAAUUUGGCGGACCAGUGUCCUGGAAAGCUCAUGAUCGAGUCGCUGCAUUGUCUUGCCCGCGCAUACUACGGCCAGAGAAAAUUCGACCAAGUCGGACAAGCCUGCGCUAAAUCUUUGAUAUAUUGUCGAGAUCACCUCGAUGGAGCCUAUUAUCACUUUUACAUCAAGGCAUGCCACCUCCAAUGCCACGCAACUACGGUCGUCGAAGAUCUGGUAUCUGAAAUUUGCGACAGUAUACAGAGGCAGACCCAUCUUCACGAGGUUGCUCGCAUGCAUAGUUUGGUGAUGGUGAAUGCUGCCGCGAGCAAAACCCUGGAAGUCGUGGGCAUGCAAGUCAAAGUAGUGGAGUUCUUUCGCAUGACUUUGGGCGAAAACCACCAAAGGACAAUAGGAACCAUGCAAGAUCUCGCGAUAUUAUAUCACAACCUGGGACGGUACGACGAGGCUGAAACCCUUAUGGUCAAGAUCGUCAAAUUCUCUCAAAACACGAUUGGGAAAGAGCAUCCUUACACGCUCAGUAGUAUGGCAGGUCUCGCUACAGUAUACCAUAGCCAAGGUCGCUUCGAUGAAUCGAAACAACUGCAAGACGAAGUGCGUCUCUACACAAAGACACUUGGCAAGCCUUUUCGCUGA